GAACGCGAACGUGGUGUGGUGGUGAACGAAUCUGAGCUGAUCUGCUGGUGUGCUACUACUACCGCGUAAAUGCGUUAUUGCAAGCUGUAAUGGAAUAAAGAAGCAUCUCAGUUUCAUAAAUAUUUUCAAGAUUUUAAAGGAAAUCUCAAUAAACUAACAAAAUGACUAUCGGAAAGAAUAAUAAGAUGCAACAGCAUCUCAACUUUAGAGUUAAGAUCACACUUCAAGACUCUAGGACGUUUAUAGGAACGUUUAAAGCAUUCGACAAGCAUAUGAAUGUUAUAAUUGGAGAUUGUGAGGAAUUCAGAACUUUAAAAAGCAAAGGAAACAAGGACAAGGAGGAGCGUCGGAUGCUGGGCUUUGUUCUGUUGAGAGGAGAGAACGUAGUAUCGCUGAGUGUGGAGGGUCCACCCACACCUGAGGAAGGACCGAGAGUGCCCAUACCGGGAGCUGCCCCUGGGCCGGGCAUAGCCAGAGCGGCUGGUCGAGGCAUACCUGCAGGCGGCGGCGGAGUACCAGCCGGACUCCAAGGGCCAGUACGAGGUGUCGGAGGUCCCUCACAGCAGGUGAUGACACCUGGCGGACGAGGUAUGGGGAUGGUAGGACCACCUCAAGUACGAGGACCUGGCAUGCCUCACAUGAUGCCACCUCCCGGCAUGAUAGCUAUGCAGCCAGGCAUGCAGGGAAUGCCACCCAUGGGACGUGGUGGUCCUCCCCCCAUGCAGGGACCCCCUCCUGGCAUGAUGAGAGGAGGCCCACCUCCAAGGCCGUACUAAGUUUGACACUCGUGGGAAGCAAUUGGACUGCCAUUUUACUCUAGCAAUCCUUCUUGAAUUAUUCUUGUAUUACGUUAUUUCACACAAUUUCUUUUACUGUAUACUCUAAUGUAAAUAUUUUCAACUCAAUAAGUUUAUUUGUUCUGUUCAGUGUUCCAAUCUAUUUGUAAUCUACAACUUUUAAAAUAAUAAACUUUUCUAGAUAAUA